UCUAAAAAAAAAAUAAAAGGAAAAUUUUUUUUGAGGGGUUUAUAAAAGGAAAUUAAAGAGACGACGAACGGAGUCGACAAAAAACUUGCCUGGCGCCCGGCGAUUCCGUACGUCGCCUCCCUCUUGGCCUUUUAUGACCUCGUUGCGAUCAUCAUUGAAACCCUCAUCUUUCUCAAUUUUCUAUUUGAAUCACAAUUUCUAUCCUAAAUCAGUGCGAGAUUUUGUUUGCGAUUACUUUUUCCGAGUUCAAUUUGGUGUUAUAUGCGCUGGGUUUGCAAUUGAAUUUUGAUUGACCCACCAGCCACCACCUCCCGGCGUCGGAAGGCACGGCAUCCUGCACCUCGCACACCCAACUUCUUCCCUCUUUCCGACAGAAGCCCUCUCUUCCAAUAAGACUAGUUCAAAAACAGGUCAAUGGCUGGGGAUUCAUGGGUAAAAGAGUAUAAUGAAGCCAUGAAGCUUGCAGAUGAUAUCAAUGGCAUGAUAUCAGAGCGGAGUUCGUUGCAUGCAUCAGGACCAGAAACUCAACGUCAUGCUUCUGCCAUAAGGAGGAAGAUCACAAUCUUAGGGACUAGACUUGAUGGCUUACAGUCCAUUUUAACAAAGCUUCCUGGGAAGCAGCCCAUAUCGGAGAAAGAGAUGAAUCGGCGCAAGGACAUGCUCGCAAAUUUGAGGUCAAAGGUUAACCAGAUGGCUUCAGCCUUAAACAUGUCAAAUUUUGCAAACAGGGACAGUUUGCUUGGUCCAGAAAUAAAGCCUGCUGACGCAAUGAGCAGGACAGUUGGCUUGGAGAACUCUGGCGUUGUUGGUCUUCAACGACAAAUUAUGAGAGAACAAGAUGAAGGUCUUGAGAAGUUGGAAGAAACAGUAGUUAGCACUAAACAUAUUGCACUGGCAGUCAAUGAAGAACUGGACCUCCACGCCAGACUUAUUGAUGACCUGGACUACCAUGUCGAUGUUACAGACUCUCGGUUACGGCGAGUUCAGAAGAGCUUGGCGUUUCUGAACAAGCGCACCAAAGGCGGCUGCUCCUGCAUGUGCAUGCUGUCAUCUGUUCUUGGGAUUGUUGGUCUUGUUGCUGUCAUAUUUCUACUCGUUAAAUACUUGUAAUAACAUGAGACUUGAAACGCACAUAAUCAACUAUUCUAUUUUUGUGCUUAUAGUGUGGACUGGCUUUCGUAUCUGCUAUCAUGUUUGUAAUGCGAUACUCGGCUUUUGUGAUUUUGUUUGGUGCUCUGUGGAGGUGUUAAAAUACUUGUAUCUUGUGUUUUGACAUUUCAACUUUAAGUAUUGAUUUCUCCUC